UAGAUCACCUAACCCUCCCUAUCCCUUCCCUUCCCUUCCCCUUCCCUUUAUAAACCCUAAUUCACAAGUCUCAUAAUGCUCCACCGGCGACUUUGACCCUCACCCCGCAUUGCCAAAGCCGUCGCUCCUGACUGCUCGCCGGAACCCCGACGCCAUGUGCCACCGCAGCUUCAGCUUCAGCUUCUCCUCCGCCGCCCUCGCCUGCUCCAUGCUCUCCUCCUCUCCCGAGACAUUCUGCACCCCGAUUAUUAUUACUGCAGCGUUGACCACCAUUCCUGCCGCCAUUAUCAUUCACUGAUCCUGAGCUCCGCCUCCGCCGCUCUCUCGAUUUUUGAGCUAGCUGUGCCGGUAUUGAAGGAAUAACCGAGUCCGUGUUGUCUGUGUCUGUUAGAGUUUAUGGCUACAUUGAAGAGCUACGGCGCGUGCUUGAGAGGAUCAGCGCUCCAGCUCCCGAGCCCUAAGAGCGGCGACAGCUACAAGAGGAGGAAUGGUAAAUGGAGAUCUCCUCAAGCUGCUGUGAUACCUAAUUUUCAUCUGCCCAUGCGAAGCCUUGAAGUUAAAAACAGGACAUCUGUGGACGACAUAAAGUCUCUCAGGCUGAUAACAGCCAUCAAAACCCCGUACUUACCUGAUGGUAGGUUUGAUCUUGAAGCAUAUGAUGACUUGGUGAACAUGCAGAUCGUACAGGGUGCGGAAGGCAUAAUCGUUGGUGGGACCACUGGAGAGGGCCAGCUGAUGAGCUGGGACGAGCACAUUAUGCUAAUCGGCCACACAGUGAAUUGCUUCGGUGCAUCAAUAAAGGUGAUUGGAAACACCGGAAGCAACUCUACAAGGGAAGCAAUUCAUGCCUCUGAACAGGGAUUUGCUGUGGGAAUGCAUGCUGCCCUUCAUAUCAAUCCGUACUAUGGGAAAACUUCAAUGGAAGGUUUGGUUCAGCACUUCAAUAGUGUCCUUUCGAUGGGCCCUACAAUCAUAUACAAUGUACCUUCAAGGACAGGGCAAGAUAUCCCUCCCAGGGUUAUUCACUCCUUGUCAGAUAAUAGUAACCUUGCUGGGAUAAAAGAGUGUGUAGGAAAUGAUCGAAUCAAGGAGUACACGGACAAGGGGAUUGUGGUUUGGAGUGGAAACGAUGACCAGUGCCACGACGCAAGGUGGAACUAUGCAGCCACAGGAGUCAUAUCUGUCACUAGCAACCUAGUCCCAGGUUUGAUGCGGGAAUUGAUGUUUGGUGGGAAAUAUCCUUCCUUAAACUCGAAGCUCAUGCCUCUGAUCAAUUGGCUAUUCGAGGAGCCGAACCCUAUUGGGUUAAACACAGCCCUUGCUCAGCUGGGAGUUGUGAGGCCAGUCUUCAGGCUUCCUUAUGUGCCGCUGCCUCUUGAAAAGAGGAUAGAGUUUGUAAAUUUGGUGAAGGAGAUCGGAAGGGAGUACUUUGUGGGAGAUAAAGACGUUCAAGUUCUUGAUGACGACGACUUUGUUUUGGUUGAUAGGUACUAAUCCCUGUGUCUCUCAGUAAACUUCUAUAUUUUUCCCCAUAUGCUUGUUCUAUUCUCCGGCCUGAAUUAAUAAUAAGUUAAGGUCUUAUCGUCGCUUUCAUGACACAGUCGUGCUGGAGCGUUAUAAACCAGACCUUGUUUGUUUGAUUCAUGCUGGAUGGAAGAUAAAGUUGCCUAUUUUGUUUC